CUAGGCAUAACGGCAUAGUGUCAGAAAUCCAAAGUAACUAUCUUGGUUUUAUCUUGCAUCUCGGUAAAAAGCCGAACCCUGUUUGAAAACGGAAGUUCGAGCUAGGUUAUUUUAUUGAAAAAGUGAAAGUAGCUCAAGCUCAGUAAAUAAAUAUCACUUUCCUCCCCAAAAUGGAAAAGUUUACUAAAGCAAACAUAAGACUUUGCUCUUUUUGUGCUAACAGUUUUGUUAAAAGACCAUUGCUCUUAAAUUGUUCGAGUAGUAUUUUGACCACAGCAAGUAACACAGAAAGGUCAUUCUCCUAUGGCGAUGGUAAUACUAAUUGUACUCCAUUUAGACUUAAAACUACUCUUACCGAUGCUACCAGUACAAGGACAAGAUGCCUCUCUUACGCAAGCCUACAAUCGUACCAAUUUAACAGGGGAAUUGGUAAUGUUAUUUCUAAGCAAGGCCAAGAAAAUGAUAAGGUGCAGUAAAGAUAAAAACAUAAUUAUUUCGGUCAAUCAAAGAAGUAGCCUAUUAGUAAUUAGGCUUAUUACUUAUUAAUAUUAGCUUACUAAGAUACUACUAUAACUAUAUAGCUUCUAGUUCUAGUUUGGGCAGCGAGCUAUUUGUAGUAAACUACCAAUAGCUUCUAGAGAGCUAUUGGUAGUCAAGCCAAUCAAAUCAAACAAAAAUCUGAGCUUUAAAUACCCACUUCCAAUGAGGCUGGUGAAGUAUUGCCCCAUUCAUUUAUCAUUUAUUAUUACUAGUUUGUACUAGUGCUAGUGACAACACCUCUGCACUAAUUAUAAAAUCUACAGUACCGUUUUAAAGUUUUAACACUAUCUACUGUAGCCUUCCCCAUGCUCAGAUUUGGCUAUGUCUGGCUAUGUUGCUAUAUAAUUUAUAAUAUAGAUAUAAGAUAGAUGUAGGGAAGGGGAUCAUAGUCUGAAUUUUUUUUACCCAGCUUCUUCUUUGCCAAGGCCAAAGUAAGAUGUGCAGUAAAAAUAAAAUCCAGCUGUAAACAUUUUGUGUGUGCUAAUUAUUAUGAUUAAAAUUAUAAAUUAAAAUACAGGCCUAAAUAAUUUUAAAAAGUGUGCAUAUUAAAAUCAAAAUCUUUUUGCUUUAGUUAAAUGAAACUGUAUAAUAAUGUGAUUAGGCUUCGGCUUAUAUAAGGCUAAGGAUGAUAAAAUAAGCUUAGGCCAAUCAUUGUUUAGGAGCAUGGUCACUUGAACCAAACCCCCCCCCCCCCCCCCCCACAAAUUAAUCAAUUUAAUAUUUAGAAAUCACUAUUUACUAUUUAUUUUUUAAUGCAAUGCAGAGUAUGUAGAAUCAAUGUUUUAAACUGCACAUAAUUUUGAUGAAAACAUAAGCAGUGAUACAUAAAGAAAAUAUUUAUGAGACUAGACAAAAACAUGUUUUGGCACAUUUUUUUAUUUUUGGCAACAUUCAUACUUUAGUGUGAUUUCAGUGUUGUAAUAAAAAAUAAAUUGUGACUACCAAUAAUUAUUGCACUACAUCAAUCUAUCACCAAUUGGUAGUUUUUUUAAAUAGUAAACUACCAAUAGCCGGUUAGAAGCUACUGGUAGUGGAAUACCAAUAGCUCUCUAGAAGCUAUUAAACCCAUAGCCACAGCAUAUUAUUAUUUUUAUAGCCUCUUCGGUAUUCUCAGCCUAUUCAAUAUUUGUUAAAAUUAAAUAAAUGACAGUACUAUUACUUUAAAAUUAAUAUUAGUAUUAGUAAGUAUAAUAGUAUGUGUAUUGAGUAUAAGCAUUGUAGGUAUCAUAGUUACUACGACACACAUAUCAAUACUAUCAAUUGUCAAUAGCCUUUAAUAGGCCUAAUCAAUUCUAUCAUAUUCAUUCACUAUCAAUUAUCAAUAUUCUAAAAUUCUUUCACUUUUACUAUUAAUUAUGGCUAUGUCUAGCAUGAUGAUGAUACAAAUUAUGGGUUGUGUAUGGACAUGGCAUGGACCAUACCAUACUUGUAAUAUUUAGUAUAAAAUGGUUUCCAUGGCCCAUGGCCAUUGUAAAUUGGAUUGUGAUAGUGGGCAGUGCUAACAUUAUAAUAAAGAAAGUUUCAAAAUACUGAAUUGGGUAGAAUUCUAUCUUUAAAAAAACAAAUACUCUCAGUGGAGACACUAUAAAUACUUUAAUUAAAAGGACUUUAAUGAAAAUUGUUUCAUUUAUAUUAAGGUUAAGGGGCGUCCAUUAAUUACGUCAAUAAAAUAGGGAGAGGGUUUGGAAAUGUUUGACAGUUGUUGACAAGGGGGAGGGAGGGGGAUUUAGAUUAGUUGACGUCAACAAUCAUGUUUUCUCUAUUAAAAUUUUAAUCUUAAAAAUUGACUGGUUAUGGCAUUAUUUUUUAAAAUGUAUAAGUGUAAAUGAGUGUAAAUAGUCAUAAUUUUUAGACUUUUAACAAUAUAAGAUUUAUUUAAUGUGUGUCUGUCUGUGCACUGCAGAUGGCUGGUCAGAAUGUUAACACACUUUGUUAGUGCAAGAGAAGUCAAAAGUUGGCCUCUCUUCACCUUUAGAUUCUGUUGCAGGUAUGGAACAACAACAAGGUUCAAAUUUCAUGUUCAGUCAAGAUAAAUGAUAUUGAUAGAGUAGGAAUACAAUAUUUUGAGAAUUAGGUGAAUGUAAAGUGAGUAACAAUAAUAACAUCGCUGCUUGAAUGGAUUUGAAAAAUCUGUAACAUCUAUUUGCAUCACAAGGGUUCUGGGUGACAGAGUGGUCUAAACUGACUCACUCCAAAUAGUGGUGUUCUGGUGUUCAAUCCCCGCCAAAGCAAAAUCUCAAGCACCCCGGGUGGAUGGGACUCGUUAGCCUUGAAAGGCAACUCGUCUAAGAGAAGGCUAACUCUGAAUUCAAACCAGGAGCCAAAGUGAUCAAUGCAUUGAUCGUGGGACUCAAAUAUGAAAAAAAAAAAUUUUUAAAGUCAUAUUGAAAAGCAUGUUCAACAGCACUGACAAUGCUCUCUUGAGCAUAAGAAAUUAACACCUGCUCCUAAACAAAAGGAUUCAAAAAGGACCAAUGCGAGAAGCUGCAAGUAGAUAGAGCUUAUGGCAAUUCACACCGAAUAUUGCUUCUAUUUUAAGUGCUGAAUGGUUAGAUGAGGAUCAGGGCAGCAAGAUGAAAAAGAUACAUCAGCUACUAUAGACUAUGCCCAAUCGGGGCGUCAUUUCAUUUUUUUUUUCAGAGGGGGGAGGGACCAAAACUUGGUCGGCUUGUUAAGUUGUUUAUUACUGGAGGCACCACAGUACAUAGCAAUUUAAAUAAAACCUGCAAAUUAGGGGUUAGGGGGAAAUGCCCCCCUGCCCUACCCAAAUGAUGUCCCUGGUACCCAUUGUUACGAUAGAGCAUACCUGGCUACUGUCAAAACGUUGUAUCUGUUGUGUUGCAAAUCAUUCACUCGUGGCAACGAGUGUCUAUUCAUCCAGCCAAGUCUCCCACUUGAUCCCAGAACAGCACAACCAAUUGUAAUAGUCUCCAAUUCAACAAACACUCCACGGUUCGUUGCAAUACAUGAAUUUAUUUAAGAACAAUUCCCUCAACCAGGGCUGUGACACAACUAUGGAUUACUAAUUCAAUCGGUUCAGCCCAACACAAAGUAACACAAGUCCAACAGUCAAAAUACCACAUCCGCUAUGAAUCCUCCAGCACAACAUCGACAAAACUAAGCGUCAUAUCCCCUUACACAAUUACGUCACAACACUCUCAUCCAACGAUACAGCUACACAUAAAAUCUCUAACUAAACAUCUUUUCCCUAUCAAACAUGAAAACAAUGAUCUACACAUAACAACAGUGAUUCUCAUACCCUUGACAGCUACUCCUUGGGAAGAUCAUAGCAGCUAGAAACUAUGCUAUUAUUGUCAGCUUUACUGACAAUAAUCAUAGUUAUACCACAAACAAUGAUAUUUAGUCUUCAACAAACUUUCAAUUGAUUCUGCAUUAUAAAAUUUAAGUGUGAAAAUUUUUUAACUUUUUGAUUAACAAGCUAAAGAUGUAAUGAAAUGUUUUUCCUACAAUUUUUGUCAUUAAAAUAGAUCAGCACAAAGUAAAAUGUAUUAUAAAUUGAUUUAUUUUUUUUGGGGGGUGGGGUUUUAGAAAAUGUUGAGAUUAAUUAAAUGGGGGGGGGUGUUUGACAGUUGUUGACCAGGGGGGGUGGGGUUAAAAAAUUGCUUAAAAUUGUUGAUGUAAUUAUUGGAUGACCCCUUAUCAGGCUGGUCCUCAUAAAAUAAUUUUUGUCAAAAUAGCAGUUGUGUAAUUCAUUGGAAAUUGGGUCUUCACUAUAGCCACUAAUGACUAAUAAGCUAGUGUCAUUGAGCAAAAGCCAUUCACCAAAUAAUUUUACUUAACUGGCAAAGAAAUAUCCUUUAUAAAAGCCACUGGUACUAUUGUUAACUUUCUUGAUUUGAAUGAUGCUGAACAGUUGCUCAAACACUCCUCUUAUUCUAAUAAAAUAGUUAUGGGAUGGUCUACAAAAAAAGUGCACCUUUGUUUCUUUUUGUGCUAUAUGAAAGGCAGACAUUUUGUCAUCACUCUAUCUCAAUGUCCUUACGGAUCAUCAUGAAGAAAGUAAAAUUCCCAAUUAAUGUAGGGCAACAGGGUGUGGAAGGUUCAGAACAAUAAGUUUGCUUAUUAUUAUUAUUAUUUUACCAUUCUAACCCCAACGAACAAUUUAGGUACCCGGUACACUUUAAUUUUCUGGCCAGAAUCUCAUCCUCUAGUAAAUAAGAGGACAUAUGUAUAUAUCAUUUGGGGUGGACUUAUUGCCAUAAGAUAAUUUCACACUAGUUUUUUUUCAAGUGAACAAUAAAAAACUACUGUUCGUUUUCUUUCCUCAAGGAUUUAAGAUGCAAAACUCACAAUUUUCAGCAACUGCCUUGUGCUGUUAAAUAUUCAACAGAUUCAUCACAGUCUCCAUUACCAUCCAGAAAAUCAAAUAGAAAUGCUUCAAAGUCGGUAAGUAAUCAAAGUCAUUGUUUUCUGCACCGCAAUAAGUUGCCUAUAAGUAUAAGGCUGCUUACAGGAAUUUUUAACUCUUUAUUGGAUUUUUAUUUCAUUGUUAUGAAAAAUCAAUAUAUUUUUACUGGUAUAUUCUUUUUAAUCAGUUUCCUCUUAAAUUAUAGUAAAAAAGCAAGGUCACUGUUACUUUGGCAGACCUUGUAGCAUUAACUGGGUCCUUAAAUUUUUCAUUUUAUCCUGCGCCAAUGGUUUUUAAACAAUGUUAAUAUGGUAUCUUUGACAACCCGCUUUGUUAUUUGUAAGAAAAUUGUUUACUACAUGGGGUUCAUUCUUCAAUAAUUGUUUAAUUUUUACAGCCCAUUUCAUGGAAACUUCUGCUGAUUGUUGUUGGAAUAGGUGGAGGAGUUUUAUUGUGGAUGCAGUAUCUCAAAAAAAAGAAGGAGCUUCGUAAGUACCCAAGCACUGUUGUCACUAUUAAACUGGCAGCCCAUUAGACAUUCCUUUGAGAACCCAUACCUUUAUUACCGGAGAUAAUCUACUUUAAUUAUUUUAAAAUUUAUUAUCACAAAAACUUCUUAAUAAUAUCCUCAUUUUCUGAAACAGGUAUAGAAGCAGGACGUCAAAAGUAUAUUGGAAAAGCUCAUUUGGGAGGAGACUGGACAUUAGUUGAUCACCAUGGUAAUACAAGAUCAAGUAAAGACUUUCGAGGGCAGUGGCUUCUUAUCUAUUUUGGUUUCACUCAUUGCCCAGACAUCUGUCCAGAGGAAAUUGAGAAAAUUGUAAACGUCAUCAAUAAAACAGGUCUCUGUGAUUUUUACCUAUUUUUGUUACAUUGUAUUGUCUACAACUGGGGUAAAUUACCCUAAAUGUGGUAUAUUGAAAAUCUAGGGGGUAAUGAGGGCUCAACAGAUAAAAAUUAAAUUACAUAUUUAAAGCAUAUUCAACGCUGCAAGUAAUAGAGAAACACACCUAAUAUUUUAUGUUAGCUAGUUACUAGUGGCUUGGCUGUUAGCAUGAGCUCACAUCUAGUCUUGUAUGCGUGAUUUUGGGCUAGUUGUCUAUUUUAUUUUAUACUCCGUGGUGUCACAAGAGUGGGUUUCAUCCAUGGCUGUAGAAUCAUAGUGUCACCCUGUCCAGACUUCCUCCAAGGGGGCCUGUUACAGUGACACCUUGAUCCACGCAUGGAGACAUAAAGCCAUGGAUACAUCCAAAUCUAAAGAUGUGGUGGAGCAGGCCAGGGCCCUGCAUAGGCUGUAGUGCCACUGACGAUGAAAACAUGCUGUGAAACAUAAGUGAUUCAUCUUCAGUGUGCAGGCUAGUCAGGGGAAUGUGACAGGACUACUCACUGUAAAAUUGUGUCAUCAACUUAGCCACCCCGUUCACAGACAUGCACCCAUUUUAGGCAUCAAUGAGUUGAUGAGUUAUGCAUAUCCCUAAGUCCUAAGGAAUAAUCCCUACUGUCACAUGGCUUCAAUAGUCUUGUCUAAAGUUGGCCUGUUGAAUGCCCUAUCCUCAGAAACAUGACACAUAGAUGCCAGGUACUAGUAAAGCAAACAAUUUUUAUGGUUCAACAAAUGGUUUCUUUUGACAUAUUAAUUUUUUAUCUGACAAUUGCCAUCAUUUUGCUACAAAAUGUUCAGCAGGUUACCUGGCAGUAUUGUUGUGAUACUUAAUUAGUGCAGCAGAGCAAAUGCUAUUAUGAUUUACUAUAAAAACGGGGCAAUGAAUUACAUUAAUUUACUAGUCUAUUCUUUAAAUUGCAAUUUUGUUACACAUAAAAUGAAUAUGUUUCUUAUAAGAAAAUUAAAAAGUUGAAGAGUGAUGUUGCAUUUAGACCAGUAUUUCCCAAUGUGGGGCAAACAUCCCACUGUGGGGCAAUUUGAAAAUUAUGAAGGGACAUUGAGUCUCUGGGGAAAAUUGUAUUUGCAUUUCAAAUACUGGUACCAGUAACUUAAGUCUGUAAAGCAUCAUUUUUGAAAAAUGUCAAACCUAAAAGAAAUCUGUAUGUUGAUGUAAUGCAAGUUAUAUACCUUCAAAUGAUCAAAAGCUGAAUACAUCCCUUGAGGGUUUUCAUUCAUAGUAUUUAAAUUCUUGAGCACAUUUUUACUCAUGAUACUAAUCAAAUUUAUCUUGGAAAUAAAUGUUAAUUAAGAUCUUACAAAUCAUUUUUUUUUUAAAAUAUAAAUUCAUGUUUUUACUGAGAGAUUUUUGUUUACAUCUGAAUAGAAUCUAUUAACUGAAUUAACCAGUGGCACUAUGGGGAAAAAAUAUAUUAUUUUUCAUCAACAUAAAUUUUGUCAUUACAAUUAACAAUGUCUGCAUCUCUUAGUUAAUUAAAACCCCAGGUUUACAAGUGUAACUGAAUUACUGUAUCAUUUAAAAAAAAGACAUAUGUAUAAAAAAGGCAUGUCACUGCCAAGUUUGGAGAGUUUUCUUCAAGAGAAAUUAACACAUUUUUCUUUACUGCACAUUUGUUUUUAACGUGAGAUUAACCCCCUUUUCGUUUUUUUAAAUUGUUUUUCUUUCAUAUUGAUUUAGAUGCUGAAAAAAACAUUCCCAAAAUUCAACCAAUCGUUAUCACGGUUGACCCAGAGAGAGACACACCUGCUGCUCUAAAAGAGUACUGUGGCGGUCAGUAUUAUCCUUGAUAUGUAGUUAUCAAAAUAAUUUGGUUGAAAUAGUACACGACAGAGCCACUGAAAAGGGGGGAGAAGUAUAACCCAGAGCCGGGCUUUUUUUAGAGCUGUUGAUUAAAUUCGGGAUAACUGAUUAAAAUAAUUUUAUAAUUUAUUUAAAUGAAUAUGUUUUAGAUAUUUGAAUAGAAUCAUACAUUUUUAAUUUAACAUUUUUAAUUAUAUUGAGCACUUGAUGCAUUUGCAGAUUCAGAUCUUUUUGAAGCAUUUUUUUUUUAAAGUGAUAAUUAUUAUUUUCUGUUGCCUUUAGGCACACAUCUUAACGUUUAGAAAUAUAUGAAAAUGUAACCAAGAAGAAAGCCAGUUAUCAAAUUAGUAAAAAGAUUAUCAAUAGCUGUUGUUUAGCUUAUAAUGUUAUGUUUUAUCUGUUUAUUUAAGUUACUGGGCAAACUAUAAAGCUUGCACAUUCAUUUAAGUAUAAAAUUUGAGGAUUAAGCAAACAGUAUCGAUUUAUUAUCCAGAAUUUUCCCCACGCCUCCUUGGGUUCACGGGGACACAAGAUGAUAUACUGAGAGCCACACGAGCAUACAGAGUAUACUAUAGUGCUGGACCUAAAGAUGACGACAGUGAUUAUAUAGUAAGUCCUUCCUUCUAGAGCUUAAGAGCCUCAAAAUUGUCAUGUUUCUCAAAAAUAACAUUGAAAAGAUAAAAUUAAUUUUAUUAAGGAAGAAUUUAUCCACUAGCCAUUAGGUUUUUUUUUUAAUGUUCUACAAACAUUUUAUAUGUUCUACAUUAAAUUAAAAUUAUUUCUAAAUUUUCCUCCUUUAUCAGGUUGAUCAUUCCAUCAUCUCAUACCUGGUCAAUCCUAAAGGUGAAUUCGUAGACUUCUUUGGCCAGGACAAAACUGUGGAUCAAAUGUUUAAUCUGAUCUUGUUUCACAUUCGUAAAUAUAUGAAAAGUGAAGGAAAGCCAUGAAAUUAUUAUUUCAAUGUUUCCAAAACUGAAUUAACAUUGAGUGAUUGGGUCUAUUGAGUGAUUUGGUCUGUAAUUUAAUUUAAUUUAUGUAAAUAAAAAACAUGUUCUCAUUAUAUCUGUUAAUUAUCUUAAAUUUUAUUUGUUUGCUAAGAAACAAAAUGUGCAGACAAAUGAGUAGAAUUGUCAUUAGUUCUUCAGUAAAUUUAUUACCGAUUAGUUUUCUUGUUGAAGUAGUUGCCCGUUCAUUUAUUGUACAUUUAAAAAAAAAAUGUAAUAUUAAAAAAUACUUUCUCUUCACAUCAAUGCUCAAUUUUUUUUAUUUGUAUCUAAUAACUGUUUAUCAUUCAUUGUUGUUGAAGUUUAAUUUUAAAUUUACAUUAAAUUAUUAAAGAACUAAGUUAUGCAAAAAUCUAAAUUAUGUCAUUU